AAUUGCACUGAAGAUACCCAAUUUCUCUUUUAAGGUGUGUCAGUCUCUCCAUAAUUCUUCACCUGAUUUGCCAUUAUACUCCAUAUUUUGAAAUCAAAAAGCUGCUUUUUACACCUAUCACACCACCCCUUUUACUUUUCCCUCACACUUGUUGAUCUCCAUUUGCAAAUCUUGAAUUCUAGUCAGCUCUACUCAUCAACAAUGGCAAUCAUAGCUGAAGAACCAGACUCACCAACUCCAGUAAAGAAACAACAAAAACCCCUUAAACCCACUUCAAAACCUCCUCAAUCAACAACCCCAAAACCCACCAAAACAACAACAACAAACCCCUUUCAUUUUUGGUUCUAUUUCACUAUUUCAGUAUCUCUUAUAACCCUCAUAUUCAUGAUUCUCACUUCUUUAUACCCACAAGAUCCUAAAACAUGGUUCCUUAGCUUGCCCUUUAAUCUAAGGCAACACUACUCUAAAGGUAGAAAUGUCAAAGUUCAAACUACUCCUAAUCAGCCACAAAUUGAAGUUUUUGCUAUUCAAGAAGGACCAUCAAAGUCUUCUGAUCAUGUACUUAUUGUACAUGGACUAGGUUGUAGUUCUUUUGCUUUUCAAAAAGUUGUCAACUUUUUGGGUGUUAGAGGUGUUCAUACUGUUGCUAUUGAUCUACCUGGUUCCGGUUUUUCGGAUAAGACCGUAGUUGUUGAGGAAGAGUAUGUGGAUGAUGGGGUUGUAAGGAGGUUUAAGGAUAUGUAUAAUGAAAUUCAAGAAAAGGGUGUUUUUUGGGGGUUUGAUCAGCUUGUUGAGCAGGGAUAUGUGAACUAUGAGGAAAACAAAAUCAGGGUUUCGAAAAGAAAUGUCGUUAAGGCUGUUGAUUUGGGUCCUGAAGAGAUUGGAAAGGUGUUAGGACAAGUGAUUGAUACAAUGGGGUUGUCGCCUGUGGAUUUGGUUUUGCAUGAUUCUGCAUUGGGUCUGAGUGCUAAUUGGAUUUCGGAGAACCGGGGAUUUUUUAGAAGUGUGGUGGUUCUAGAUGGUGCGCCGAGUGGAAGAGCAUUGCCUUUAUGGGUGUUGGAAAUGCCAGUGGUUAGGGAUGUUGUUUUGGGAUUUGGAUUUGCUUUUAGGAGACUAAUUGGAAAGUGCUGUUCGAGAUCGGUUGGUAGCUUGGAGGCUGAGGGUCAUAGGAUUCUUUUGAAGGGAAGGGAUGGAAGAAAAGCUGUUGUAGGGAUGGGGAAGAACCUGAAUUGUAGUUUUGAUUUGAAUGAAUGGGCUGCUUUAGAUGGGGUGAAAGGGCUACCAAUGCAAGUAAUUUGGUCUGAUGCCUGGUCCAAAGAGUGGACCGAGGAGGGACGACAAGUUGCUGAUUCAAUCCCACAGGCGAAAUUUGUCUCUCAUUCCGGUGGGAGAUGGCCCCAGGAGCAUAAUUCUGAGGAGAUAGCUGAAAGUAUCUAUCAAUUUGUUUCCUCCUUGCCGAAGUCUGUGAAACAAACUGAAGAAGAACCUGUACCUGAACAUGUCCAGAAAAUGUUUGAUGAAGCGCAGAGUGGUGAUCACCACCAUCACCACCACGACGGUCAUGAUGAGCAUGGCCAUGGACAUGCUCAUGCUGGAUAUAUGGAUGCAUAUGGGCUUGGUCAGGGGUGGGCCAUGUGAUUUGCUUUCCAGAAAAUGUACUGUCUUGAUUGGUUUCCAAGUUUUGAGACUAGACUAGAUUCAUACCAUUAAAUUCCUCUUCUUUUUUGGCCCCUAGCCGCAGUUUCAUAGUGGUAACUGCCAGAGCUUUUCUGCUAUCUAAUUUUUGUUUUUGUACGAGUGUUGUAUUAUGUAUCCGAUCAAGUUAACAGUUAUAGUAAUGUAGUAUCAGGUGUAGUAAGACUGAUACUACAAGUUUCAGCUUUUGACAUUGGAGAGCGACCUUAUGCCUAUCUCUAAUGGGAUCUUUAAAGCUAAUGCCUCUCUAUA